ACCCAAAGGAGCGGCCGGUCGCUUACCUGCUUUCCAUUUCCCGGCCCGGGAGGGGCUCCGCGUCCUGCAGAGAGGUUCGCUGCCGGCUCCCUCUGGCUGGCGACUCACCUACGGAGCUGUCUCUGGCUGGGACCAGCCUGACUCAUCUGGGAGAGGUGGCAGGGCCGGGGAGACCUCAGAGGGCGGAAGGACAGGAGGAGGCGGGCCGGGCCCUUCCUCCAGAGCCAGGGAAGAGGCGUCGCCGGGGCGCAGGUGAAACCGAUUCCGACCUAUCCCGGGAACUUUCGCUGCGGGGACUCGCUGGGAGAGGCCCGCGUCGCGCAGGGGCGGUGGGGGAACCGCCCUCUCCCACCCGGACUGCGUGCGGGGGCUCAGCCCGGGGGCCUCGCGCGCUCUUGGCGCGCUCCGGGACUGCAAGCAGCGCCGCCCUCCACGGCUGAUGGAGGCGGGUGGCGCCGCCCCGAGCGCAGGUGACACACCGCAGGCCAGGGUUUCGGCUGGCAGGGGAGAGCGCUGGGAGGGCGCGGACACCCGGGGCCAGGGGACGACAAGGCAGCGAUGGCCCGAGAGUUGAGCCAGGAGGCACUACUGGAUUUUCUGUGCCAGGCUGGAGGAAGAGUGACCAACGCCGCCUUGCUGGGCCACUUCAAGAGCUUUCUUCGAGACCCCGACGCGCCCCCCAGCCAACACCAGCGCCGCCGCGAGCUCUUCAAGGGCUUCGUCAACUCGGUAGCCGCAGUGCGCCAGGACCCCGACGGCACCAAGUAUGUGGUGCUCAAGAGGAGGUACAGGGACCUUUUGGGGGAGGAGGGGCUGCAGCGACCCCGCGACCCGCCCGCUGCCGCCGCCCCUACAGGGAGAGCUGCUCCCUGUUCCCCGCAAGGCGCGCGCCAAAGGGAUCCGCCGCCGCAGCCGCCCAGGAGGCGGCGGCACGAGAAGGGGCCAGAGGAGGAGCCAGCAGGUGCCGCAGCCCCAGCCGCCCACGCAGGUUGUAAUGGACUCACCGCCAGCCGCACCCGGGAGGCAGCCCGGGGAGGCAGCGGGCGGAGGGGCGGCUCUGGCCACAGGGCCGGAGCGAGGUGCGCGGCUGUGGAGACGCAGGGCCGCUGCUGCUGGGAAUGCCACCAAAACAGCCUGGAGGGACUCCCGGGCGAGCAGGUGCUCGGCGCAGUCCCAGACCCCGCCACCGCCACCGCCACCGCCGGGGACAAGCCGGCGCGUGUCCCGCUGGCUCGGGAUGAUCGCGAGCCUCCCGGGCAGCAGCCGGAAGGCUUGCCCGCUGAGCACGCACCGGUGCCCACAGCGCCCUGCUCUCCUCCUGCAACCGUCGAGGCUGCUGGAAGUGGGGCUUGGCCGCCUCCCCUCCUGUCCCUCCCUACUUCCCCUGCAGACCAGCCAGAGCUGCUGACCCCGAGCUCUCUGCAUUAUUCCAUCCUGCAGCAGCAGCAACAGCGCACUUGGGAAUGGGUGGCCAGACAUCCCCAGAUACCCAAGGCCCGGAACCAAGGACCCAUCAGAGCCUGGUCAGUGCUGCCGGACAAUUUCCCCCAGAUACCAUCUGAGCCCAACUUCUGUGUCCCAGAACCUAACUCAGAGCCUCUAGACCCCUCUCUUUCAUCUCAUUCUCUCCUUCCUGUUGUUCCGGAAUCCUGUCCCCAGAAUACUCCAUUGACAAUCUUUCGUAGCAUUCGUAGUCAGCUGUCCCUCCAAGAUCUGGAUGACUUUGUGGACCAAGAGAGCCAUGGCAGCGAGGAGAGCAGCAGUGGGCCCAAAGAAUCCCCAGGGGGUUCUGAAGAGGGGCUGCAAGUUACCCUGGGAACCCCAGAUUGGAGAAAGCUCAGGGAUCCGGCUGGGGGCCUUUCUCCAAAAGAGGGCAGCCCCAGCAGGAGCCCUCAGGGCCUCAGAAACAGAGGGGAUGGUCACACCUCUCAGCAGGUCUCGACAAAGGCUAAUGGCCUUGUAGGCCACCCCCAGGAGUCUUUCCCCUGGCCAACUCCUAAGUUAAGGAGAGCCCUCAGGAGGAGCUCACAGGCAGGGAGAGCCAAAUUGUCUUCUUCCGAUGAGGAGUGUCUUGAGCAGGACUUGCUGAAAAGGACUCGUCGCCCACCACGGUCCAGAAAACCCUCCAAGGCAGGAGCAGUGUCCAGCCCAAGAGUGGAUGCUGCUUUGACACCACAACCUGCAGACAUUAAGGCUGCUGCUGCUGCUGAGUGGCGUCCUCACACCCCCUGGGCCGAGGGUGGGGAGGAAUCUGCAGCCUUGGUCCCGCACAGACCUGAGCACAAGUCAUCUCUGGUCCCCCUAGAUGCCAGGGAGCAUGAAUGGAUCGUGAAGCUUGCCAGUGGCUCUUGGAUUCACGUGUUGACUUUGUUUUGGGAAGACCCCCAGCUGGCUCUGCACAAAGACUUCUUGACUGGGUACACGGCCUUGCACUGGAUAGCCAAACAUGGUGACCUCAGGGCCCUUCAGGACUUUGUCUCUAGUGCACAGAAAGCCGGGGUUACUCUUGAUGUAAAUGUGAAGUCCAGUGGUGGAUAUACCCCUCUGCACCUUGCAGCUAUUCACGGCCACCAGGGGGUCAUCAAAGUGCUAGUGCAGAGGUUGGCUUCUCGGGUCAAUGUCCGGGACAGCAGUGGGAAGAAGCCAUGGCAGUAUCUGACCAGUAAUACCUCUGGGGAGGUAUGGCAGCUACUGGAAGCCCCUCGGGGAAGGCCCAUUUUUCCUGUCUAUCCUUUAGUCCGAAGCUCUUCCCCCACCAGGAAGGCCAAGAGCCGGGAAAUAUCUAGAAAUAUCACCCGGAAGUCUUCCUUUGCUGCACUACUCAAAAGUCAGCACAGCAAAUGGAAAUUGGCCAACCAGUAUGAGAAAUUCCCCAAUCCAAGGGAAAGAGAAGAGUAUAGUGACUGAGGGACAGCUCAAAUGUCAAGCCUCUAAGAAGACUCCAGGGUAAACACUUCCAAACCAGAAGAUGUAUAGCUUUUUCACCAGAAUUCUCAUAAUGCUGUGCACACACUUCCCUGAAAGUUUCUGCCACAGGGCAGUUUAAUAAAUUGUUUGAAUGUUUUAUUUUUCCUGAAGACUUUGAACGUCUGAAGAUUGGAGAAUACGUUUGCAAUGCAUCAAAAUUUAGCAGAUAUUUAUGGACCAUCUACUAUGUGACAAAGAUAUAAUUCUUACCUUCAAGAAGUCAUAAUCUAUUGGGGAAGGAGGGUCACUGAAAAAGAAUUUUAGCACCGCAAAGUAGGUGGAUAGAUGUGUGCAUCUA